GUUCCUCGCUGUCUCGUUUGGAGAAGAAUGGGGAUGAUGGGUGUGCAGUGGUUUGGUGGUGUUGUGGCGAUGCUGCUGGCCGUGGCUUGCGGCGGCGUGCUGGCUCGCAGGAGCGAGAUUGACCUGUCCUAUCACCCAAAGGUGACGGAGCACAUCACACAGCCUCGGCCGCACGAGUACCUUCGUGUGGAGGACCUUCCGCACAGCUUCACCUGGCAGGAUGUGAACGGUACCAACUACCUCUCCAGCAUGCGCAACCAACACAUUCCAACCUACUGUGGCUCUUGCUGGGCUCACGCCACAACCAGUGCCCUCGCCGACCGUGUCAACAUUGCGCGCAAGGCCGUUUGGCCGAACGGAUACCUUUCCGUGCAGCAUGUUUUGGCCUGCGGUAAUGCUGGGACCUGCCAUGGUGGAGACCACCUUGCUGUCUGGGCCUACGGCCACACACAUGGUAUCCCCGAUGAGACGUGCAACAACUACCAGGCCAAGGACAUGGAGUGCACUGCCUUUACAGCUUGUGGCACAUGCUCGCCGGAAAAGUGCACCCCAGUCUCCAACUACACCGUUUGGAAGGUGGGCGACUACGGCCCACUGAAAGGCCGAGAUGCCAUGAUGGCGGAGAUCUAUGCCCGCGGACCCAUCAGCUGCAGCAUCUAUGCCGAUGCUGAGUUUGAUGCGUACACGGGCGGUGUCUACUACGAGUACCAUCCAAAUGCAACGACCAACCACGUCGUGUCUGUUGUUGGCUGGGGCCACGCUGACGACGGCACCGAGUACUGGAUUGGCCGCAACAGCUGGGGGACUGCUUGGGGAGAGACCGGCAUGUUCCGCAUCGUCACCUCAAAGUUCAAGAACGGUCAUGGGGAUGACUACAACCUCUCCAUUGAGAAGCACUGCUCCUUUGGCGUGCCCAUCGACGUGUGACCAAAGAGGAGCGUGUGACUUGUGUAUGCUUUGUUCUCUUCCUGUCUCAAAGCAUGUGCACAUUUCACACCACUGCACUGCACCUCCCCCCCCCCCAUUACACAACUCAGUACUUUCAAUUUAACACAGCUAACGUGAUAGUUGGGGUCAAGACAAAGUUAACAACCAAA